AUGGAGUGCUAUGGAAUUGAUGGUCGGUCAAUAACUCUUGCAGAAGCUGCAGAGACCAGCAUGUUUACAUCUGAGAGGCAGUGGGUAGAUGUGUUAUUGGCGUGUGCAAAAGCUAUUUCUCAAAUUCAUACAAAGGGCUAUAUCAACUGUGAUCUAAAAGGUGACAACAUUGUAAUUAAUAAAGUAAAUAAGGGUUUUUACCCAAUUGUUAUUGACUUUGGGAAAAUGCAAAAGGCUUGUGAGGCAAAGAUUAAAAAGCUAUCUACCGUUGAACAAGAGAAGUAUAACAAAUAUCACAAGCAUAUUGCCCCAGAAGUUGUGCAAGGCACUCAUCCUCCUACAAAAGCAAGUGAUAUCUAUGCAUUUGGCUUAGUUAUCUCCUUAAUAUGCUUUUACCAUAAAAUUGAAAAUUUACGACUCAUUGCUGUGACUUGCAUCAAUGGAACACCAGAACGCAGACAUACAAUCGAUCAAAUAAUUGACCAACUGCAGAGCUUAUAA